UGCAGUCCUUCAAGGCGCUCCACACAAGCCAUGGCUGACUAUAGCAUCGCCAUGGAGGACAUCAUGGACAUGUACAAUUAUAGUGAGCUGGACAACGAGGGGAACUACUCCGACUACCUCUGCGAAGAGGAGCCCGAGGCCGGGGCGCAUUUCUUCAAGUUCCUGGUGCCGACGGUCCACUUGCUGAUCUUCCUCCUGGGUGGCCUGGGCAACCUGCUGGUGAUGGUGACUCUGUGGCGCUACCGCCGGGCGCGCACCUCCACGGAGGUCUUCCUCUUCCACUUUGCGCUGGCCAACCUGCUGCUGGUGGCCAUGUUCCCCUUCGGGGCGGCCGAGAGCCUGGCCGGCUGGGUCUUUGGCACCGUCCUCUGUAAGGCUCUGAGCGCCACCACCCGGGUCAGCUUCUACAGCAGCAGCCUGUUGCUGGGAUGCAUCAGCGUGGAUCGCUACCUGGCCGUGGUGCAUGCGCUGCGCACCUUCCAGAGGCCGCGCUCCCUCUCCAUCCACCUGACCUGCCUGGCGGUCUGGCUGAUGUCCGUCUUGCUGGCCAUGCCGGACUUGCUCUUCACAGAAGUCUGGCCCGAGAACGGCAACCUCAGCAUCUGCUACUUCAAGAAGUACGGUGCGCAAGGUGUGCGCUCCUGGCUGGCCACCCGCUUCCUCUACCACGUGGUGGGCUUCUUCCUCCCCGCGGCCGUCAUGUGCUUCUGCUACUCGGCCAUCGUCAGGAUGCUCUGCCGCUCCCAGCGCCUGCAGCGGCAGAAGGCCGUCAAAGUGGCCAUCCUGGUCACCUGCGUCUUCCUGCUCUGCUGGGCCCCCUUCCACAUUGUCACCUUCUGCGACACGCUGACCAGGCUGGCCCCUGACUCCUGCACACAUGGGUACGGCCUGGCCGUGGCCAUUGCGCUGACCGAGCUAUUGGGCUACAGCCACUGUGGACUCAACCCGUUCCUCUACGCCUUUGUGGGCGCCCGCUUCCGCCAUGACGCCUGCCGGGUCCUGCACGACUUGGGCUGCCUGAGCCAAGGCGCCUUGCAGAACGUUCUGGGUUCGCGAGGAAUAGAGAGCACCACGGAGACCACCGGAUCCAACAGCCGCCAUGGGGCCUCACCUUGCGCCAUGAAUCCUUUGACCCCAUCGUCUUUGGGCUCGUCUUCCCCCCCAGUGGCCACUGGGCAAUGGCUCCGUGCGGACACCCAAGACCCAGACCAGCCAAUGCUUCCAGACCAAAGCUUGGCCUAGGAACGAGACUCACCUGUCGCCUUCCUGGAACGAAGGUGUCCAGUUUCUUUGGGGGACAGACAAUAUCCUUGCUCCAUUGGCCUGGAAAUCCAUCCUCAGAGGUGGCUUAGGAAGCUGCCUUUGCUUAUGGCCACCAGGGUCUUGCUUUCUAGGUCACCUGCAGAAUUGGCAAAUGCAAUACAAAGGGAACUUGACCUGCUCCGCUUUCCCAUGGGUCUUUUCCUGAGCAACCAAUCCCAAGUUCUAGAACAGGUAUGGACAAACUUGGGCUCUCCAGGUUUUUUGGACUCCAACUCCAACCAUUUCUAACAGUCUCAGGCCCUGUUCUUUUCCCCCUUGGCAGCCUCGGUCCCUUUCCUUUCCCGCCUCAGCAGCCUCGGUCUCUUUCCUUUUCCCCCUCGGCAGCCUCAG